AUGGAUCAUGAUGAAGAUGAUGAUGAGGAUGAUCAUGAGUAUCUUAAUGAGGAUGAUGAUGAUAAAGAUAAUGAUGCCGAUAAUGAUGAGGAAGAUGAUGAGGAUGAUGAUGAGGACGAUGAUGAGGACGAUGAUGAGGACGAUGAUCUUGACGAGAAUGAUGAUGAACAUGAUGAUGAGGGUUAUGAUGAUGAUGAUCAGACUGAUGACGUGGAUGAUGACGAAGAUGAUGAUGAGGUUGACGAUGAGGAUGAGGAUGAGGAUGAGAAUGAGGAUGAUGAUGAGGAUGAUGAUGAGGAUGAUUAUGAGGAGGAGGAUGAUGAUGAGGAUGAUAAUAUGGGUGAUGAUGAGGAUGAUGAUUCCGAUGAUAAUGAGGAUGAUGAUGAGGAUGAUGAUGAGGAUGAUGAUGAGGAUGAUGAUGAGGAUGAUCAUGACGAUGACGAUGAGGGUGAUGAUGAGGAUGAUGAUCAGAAUGAUGGUAAGCAGGAGGGUGAGGAUGAUGAGGAUGAUAAGGAGUAUGACGACGAGGAUGAUGAUGACGUUGAUGAAGAGGAUGCUGAUGGGGAUGAUGAUGAUGAUGAGGAGGAGGAUGAAGAUGAUGAUGAAGAUGCCGAUGAGGUUGAUAAUGUGGACGAGGAUGAGGAUGAUGAUGAGGAUAAUGGUGAACAUGAUGAUGAGGAUGAUGAUGAGGAUGACGAUGAGGAUGAUGAUGAGGAUGAUGAUGAGUUUGAUGAUGAGAAUGAUGUUAAGGAUGAUGAUGAUGAUGACGAUGGGGCUGAUGAUGAUGACGAUGAGGAUGAUAAUGAGAAUGAUGAUGAGGAUGAUCAUGAUGAUGAUGAUGAGGACGAUGAUGAGGAUGAGGAUGAUGAUGAAGAUGCUGGUGAGGUUGGUGAUGAGAAUAGAGAUGAGGAUGAUGAUGAGGAUGAUGAUGAGGAUGAUGAUGAUGUUGAUGAUGCGAACGAGAAUGAUGAUGAGCAUGAUGAUGAUGAUGAGGAUGAUGAUGAGGAUGAUGAUGAGGAUGAUGAUGAG